ACAUCCAUGGCCUACACAUCCGUCACUCUGCAACAGAACGUUUAUAAGGCCCACCAUGAGCCUAUAACCGUUGAAGACGUCGACGAGAAUAAUGUUUCUUCUCCAGCCUUGCAGCGUCUUAUCAACUCAGCUCAAGAUGCCACCGUUGGGGUGGCAGCCACGUAUCGCUCCAACUGUUCUCUUUCCUCAUUAGCAUUUGCCACGCUCACCAGAGCGCUCAUCGUCCACUUUGCUGCAAAGAAACAGAAUCCGCAGCAGAAGAAGAAGAAGGGCCAGGAACAACAGCCUCCUGUUUCCCAAGGACGUAUCCUCAUACAAGACCAAAUUCUCUGUAACGUUGGCAUUAAACUCUAUGGGUACAGGAUAGACAGAAUCGCACUUGCCCUCUUCCUAGACUUAUCGCUUCGUAUCAAUGGCGCAAUCGACAUCCUGUCGGUGUCUACCAGUGAUCGGCGCUCACUCCAGGCAAUUACGAACGCCUUAGGCGGCGAGGAGUUACUCAAGAAGGACAACGUGAAAACCCUGUUCGCUCAUAGAAAACGGGACGCAGCAUCCAAGGAUGUGGCGCUCCAGGCUUGGGCAGCAUGUCGCGCUACCGCAUUUGAUAACAUGAGGCUUAGAUUUGCUGCUAUAUCUCGAAUCGACACAGACACGAUGCCAGAUAUACAUCUGAGCGCCCUCGCCAAGACCUCUCGUGAUGCUGAAAUUUUGGAGUCUUUGAAGCCAACGAAAGUCGUCAACAAUGUCAAAGCAGACUCCAUCAAGAAGGGCAGUGUCGAUCUCGAGUGCACUCGCUUCAGUACGCGUAUCAUGAAGUCUAAAAAUCAAGUCAUCCAAAUCGAAAUGCUGAACGGGAAAAAGCGGUCAACGAUCACUGGUCGCGCAGAGCGAAUAGAUGGAAAACAGGCACAUAUCAAUGUCCAAGGCGUAAAAAAUGCUUCGGGCAAAAUCCUCUCCGUGACCACCAUCGGGAAAGAAGACUUGACGGCUGCUGAAUCGGCCAGAGAAGAUGUAGUACUGAAGGCGCUUCAGGGCACCAUCACGUUGACCGAACAUCCAUUCUUCUGUAGUAUCUGGGCGCCGUCAUUAAACAUCCCAUGGCCGCCUCUGCAUGCUCCCACCGCGUCGCUCGUCCACUAUCCUGACGGUCAAUUGAAUCCCUCGCAGUAUGAAGCAGUGGAACGAAUUAUUUCGCAAGCGGACAGGGACCGUGUAUUGCUUGUUCAAGGCCCUCCUGGCACUGGCAAAACAACGGUCAUAGCGGCCAGUGUCAACAGUAUGAUCAACACU